AUGUCGGCCACGAAAUAUUCCCAUCCAUUUCUGAAUGGCUUAAAGCCGCUUCCGGAAGGUUAUGAUGACGAGCUGCAGCAAAUACGAGAAUGGAUGAAAAGUCAAUCACAUUUGCCAUACAUAUCCGACGAGUAUGUGUUUCUGUUUCUGCAUUCAAAUUACUACAAGGUGAAAGAGACGAAAGACACCAUAGAAUGCUACUUUACUUUGAGGAACAGUUCGCCUGAUCUAUUUUCCAAUCGUGAUCCUUUGUUGCCGAAGAACAAAACUAUAUUGGAUAUAACACAUAUGAUAGCUCUUCCCAAGUUAUCGCCCGAGGGUUACCAUAUUCUACUUUACCGCCUCUCAGAUACGGACUACAGCAAGUUGAACUUCGCCGAUGCUGUGCGCGUGUUCUGCAUGUUUAAUGACGUUAAACUGUCCGAGGAUCGGCUCUCCGAGGGCUACAUUGUCAUCUUCGAUAUGAGAGGCUGCAGUUUGGGACAUUUGACUAGAGUCACGCUGCCCGCGUUGAGAACGUUUAUGCAAUACAUUCAGAGCGCGCACCCAUGUCGUCUAAAGAAGAUCCACGUGGUGCACACGGUGUCCUUUAUCAACCAGGUCAUGUGUCUCGUCAAACCUCUCAUACACUCCAAUCUCUUGAACCUCCUCCACUUCUCUUCGGAAGGGCCAGAAUCAGCAGUCGAUCUGGAAUGCCUGCCAGAAGACUAUGGUGGUCCACAACCGCCUGUAAAACAAUUACAUGAAGAACAACGGAAGAACAUGGAAAACAAUUACCGGGAUUGGUUGAUCGAGUCGGAAAUUUUUAAAGUCGAUGAGAAGAAGCGUAUCAAAAAGCCAAGCAAGGGCAUGUUCGCCAGUUUUACGAGUAGCUUUAAGAGUUUAGACAUCGACUGAUCCGUUUUUCUUCUGUAUUUACUUCUAUUUCUCUACAUUGGUCUUUAACUGUUUUUUUUUAUAAUCUUGACUGACUUCAAUAAUAUUUUGCGUUAUUUCAGCUUCGUGCAUGUAUAAUAUCGUAAUCAACUGUCCGUAAAUUUACUUCGUAUACUGUUUUCUUAUUAUUUAUUAUUUUUAAAUUUCGUUAUUGUACUUGGUAUUAUUGAAAGGAUGUUGAAUAUUCAUUGAUACAUUGACAAUGACAAUCACGUUAUUAUUAUUUAAAAAACAAGUACGAUUUUAAAUCGCUUUUAUAUUUAAAUUAUCAUGUUGCUCAACUAUAAAUAUAAUGUAAAUAUAAAAUGCUGUAAAUAUUAUAUUUUAGAGUUUGUUAUUCUUGUUACUGACACGAGAUCGAAUCUCGGAAAUAAUAAAAAUGCAAUAACUGGGGUAUAUCACGUAUUCUUAUAGAGGAAUUUUGUAAAUGAUUAAAUACUCCCGUCAUUAAAAAUGAUAUUGAAUCUGAAAAUACAUUUAAAUUUUAGCUGCGUUUGUUGAACAUUUAACAAUAAUAAUUUUUACAUGACUUAAAAUGCAAUUGAAAAUAUAGUUUUUUCAUGCGUUAAUACUUCAAUUUUAAUCUGCAAUAUGAUACAAUUAUUAAAAUAAACAUGCUUCAUCUACAAAUUUCUAAAA